AUGGCUUCAACUCCCAGACAGAAACGCGCUCUUCCGCAACUGAAAGCGGAACUUGAGGAGGUUGUUACCGCCCGAGGAGCCGUUUACCGACACAAAUACGCCACCAUCUUUUAUUUCGAGGACGAUGACACCGAGGACGAUGCAAAGUCCCUGGCCAACUGCCUUCAACAUGUUUUUGAUGUUACCGUCAACGUGCUCAAACUGGCCACGGAUGAUAGCACUCCAGACUGGAAUGUGAGAGUUGUCAUAAACCAAACCAUCGACAAGAUUGGGCCCUCUGGAAACGACACUGCAUCCCUUCUGAUCAUUGCCUACAUUGGGCAUGGUUCGUUUGACAACGGAACGGGAGUUUUGGAACUUACAUCUACGGACGGAAAGCAAAGCAUCCAAUGGGAUCCCAUUCAUCGCUUGUUCUUCCGUGAGGACGAUAUCUUCUGCCACAUUGACACCCUGGGAUUCUUAGAUUGCUGCUAUGCAUCGGCAACCAGGAGCAAGAUAACACGUAGCAAGAUCACUCGAACAUGCCAAAUUCUUGCUGCCUGCGGUCGAAAUGAAGUGGCUCGGUUGCGCACGACUGGCAUAAGCUUUACCCAGCGUCUUAUCAGCGCUGCACGCGGUCUUCAGAGGAAGAAUAUGCCACUCACAACUGUUGCCGAUUUGCUCGAGGAAGUGCAACAUCUGAAGCCCCGCGGAGCUCCAAAUGCAAGAUUUCAUCACAUAGGAGGUAUUAGACCGAUAGCUUUGCCAUUCAAGAAGGACUCGGCCUCGUCCAUCAGCACACAGGUUGGGCUCCAGCGGCUUAGUCUGUCACACUUAAACCGCCUGCAAAAUGUCCUUGUGGAACUUACACUUGAUGGCCAGCCUAAGCAAAUCUCUGAGCAGUUCAAGGGCGUUCUAGCAUCCUUACCUUCAGGGUUUCAGGUCAACAUUGUCGACGCCUACGAAACCGAUGCUUCAGCUCUGUUUCUCCUUCGCAUGUCCUGGUUUACCUGGGCCAGACUGUCGGCCAUGGUUGAUUUCCGGUUUGUUGGUGUCAUCAUCGGAUCGUCUUUGAUCCAUUCUGGUACGAACUUAUGA